AUGUCCCUCAGGAUCUUUGAUCGCUACGACGUGGAUGGCAGCGGUCAGCUGGAACGACAUGAGCUUAUGAAGGCGCUAACCCGGAACGCGCACGUCUUGCGUGCGUUGGAUUCGGAAAUUACCACUGCAGAGAUUCAGCACCACGACGCGGCGGACAUGACGGGACAUGACGGGCGAGUGUUGCAAGAGUUGGACACCAGCCGGGAUGGAAAGGCAACCGUCAUGGUCUCCUACAAGGAGUUUCUGGCUUGGCUGAAAGAGGGCGUCUUAGCCUCCUUGGCCUUCUUGGCUGCUUUCUUCGGGGAUGCCUUUGCUGUCUUCUUUCUGGAACCUGUCUUUGGGGAAGCCUUCUUUGCCAUGCUCUUUGCCUUUGCCUUCGCUUUUGCCUUGCUCUUCGGCUGCAAGCAUGGCCUGGAAAUCCAGCGACUUCGGUUCAAGGACUCCUCUGAAGAGUGGAAGCGCCCUGGAACGAUGAGGCCGAGCUGUCUGCCCAGGCGACCGGGAAGCAAGACCUUUUUUUGGAGGCAAGCAAUUGGCCUGAUCGGAACUAUGGUCUUCAGGUUGCUUUGGCGCAUCAAGGAUGAACACCAGCGCUUUCUCUGCCGCAGUGGAGAGAAGCUAACAAGAUCCACUGAGGACGCCCAGAGUCGUCAUCGGGAGUUGUCCUGGCAAGGCUCUCUGUGCCCCGGUCAAGGACUGGUGUGCUCAAGUUUCAAGGGACAGCUUCUUGUCUUGGUCCAAAGUGCUUCUCGACAACAGUGCCAGGAAAGCUCUCUUCCAGGUCCAGAGGCAAUCCUGCAAACAAGGACUCCAGCACACGUUGAAGGCCUGGCAGUGCAAGCUCCUCGGCCGAUAGAGUUUGGCAGCAACCUGGCUGACAGAAGGCUGAGUCAAACUUUGGAGAUACCUCACUCCACGGGCGAGGCGCUUUGGAACAUUCUCCUCCAACUGCAAGCUUUGUCGAUUGAACGCAUUGCCUGGCAGUGGAGGCAUACACGCCACACCUUUGCCACUGCAAAGAACGUUGACCUUGAGGCGGCGCAGCAGAUCCUGAGUAGUGAUCGGUGAAGGCAUGGGGUCACCAAAAACAGGAUCAGUCCAAGCAAGUCAC